AUGUCUCAUUCCAUAUCAGAGACGGUGCCUGAGAAAGGCCAGGCCCAAGUCACCUCGACCUCCCCUUCUCUCACUGGACCACCGGAAGGCGAGUCCCCGUCUCCUAAAUAUGACGCCGAGUUCGAAAAGCGCGUUAUGCGAAAAAUCGACCUUUGGCUAGUCGGCUUCUACUCCGUCGUCUAUAUCUUCCGAGUCAUUGAUUCUGGAAACUACGCCAACGCCGCGAUUAUCAACCUCGAGGCAGGCGACGGCAUCAAGGCAGAGCUCGGAUUCAGCCCAUCCCAGUGGUCUUGGUCCCAGUCUAUCUUCUCUUACAGCUACCUAUUUUUCGAGCCGACAAAUACAGUGCUGCUCAAACGCUUCACGCCGUCUAAAUGGAUGUUCAUCCUCAUCCUUGCCUGGGGCGUCUGCGCAACCAGCUCCGGCGCAACGCAGAACUUCCCCGGCAUGAUGUGCGCUCGGUUUGCAAUCGGUCUGGCAGAGGCAGGCUUCUACCCUUCUGUGCUGUAUCACUACGCCUUCUGGUACAAGCCCUCAGAGAUGCCCUGGCGAAUCGCCGUAUUCUAUUCCGUAGGUCAGCUAUCCAGUGCCCUAAGCGGCCUCCUCGCCUACGCAAUCAGUUUCAUGAAUCGCCUGGGCGGUCUCUCUGGCUGGCGCUGGCUGUUUAUCCUCGAGGGUCUCCCUGCGAUAAUUCUCGCCUUUGUGGCUCUCUUCGUCCCUGACUAUCCCGAGACUGCGAAGAUGCUUACUCCGGAAGAAAGGGAGUUUCUCUCUCAUCGUCUUGCUAAGAACGCGCCCUCCGGGACGGACGCGCAUUGGAGCUGGCGGAAUGUGAAGGAGCUAUUUCGCAGCCCGACUGUGUAUACUUUCUCUAUUUACUGGAUUGGCCAUGGGAUUGGUGGGUUCGGCGUGAAUUAUGCCUUGCCCACUGUGAUUUAUGAGCUUGGGUUCUCGGAUACGGCGCAUUCGCAGUUGAUGAAUAUUCCACCGUAUGUCGCCUGCUUCAUAUUUCUGAAUAUCGUCGGCCAUUGUCUGCAUAAGAAAUGGAUUCGGCCGUGGACGACUGCUGUCGCUAUCGAAAGCACGAUAAUAAUCUGCUACAUAAUCCUAAUCACAGUCCCCAACGCCGUAGUCAAAUACCUGGCACUGAUAGUGGCCACAGCCUGCGCAGGCUCCGCAUACCCCGUCAUCUGGCCCGAGCGGAUCCGCGCGCUGGACGGCACAGUCGCCGCAGGUAUUGGCAUUGGGCUCACGAAUGCGAUGGCGCAGUUUAGUGGGAUUGCGGGGCCACAUAUCUAUAGCACGACGUUUGGGCCGACGUAUCGUGUCUCGUAUAUUAUCUGCUUGAGCUUCUUGGUCCUGGCGAUUAGUGGGGUUUUGGCUUCUUGGUUGUUGGUUUGGAGGAAGGAUAGGAGGGUGGCUUUGCAGGGAGGAGGUGAUCUUCCGGGGAAUAAGACAGAUGAUAAGCUGGAAGGGAUUAAGGUAUAA